AUUCACACUGCGAUGCGGGAGGAAGAGAUCCGCCAUUUUAAAGCAGACAAACACGCUCAAAGCACAAAACAUUUAAUGGUGUGUCACAUUUUCUAAAAUAUCGACGAAUUAACAUAUUAAUUAAGAACAAAUCUAGACAGAGAGAAGGGGGGCCCUUUAAAGCGUUUAAUCCACGGGGGGCUGAAAAUGUCUGUCGACCGGAGAGAAGAGAAAGAUGGGGAACUGAAUGUGCUGGAAGACAUUUUGACUGAUGCUCCUGACCAGGAUGAUGAGCUCUACAACCCUGAGAGUGAACAUGAUGUUAAUGAGAAAAAAGGGUCUAAAAGGAAGCAUGAACGAGGAGACAGCCAGGAUGCAAAGCGGCUCAGAGCCUCAGGACACACUACCAGACAGCAACUAAAGAGAGCUGCCACUUCUUCUGGAUCAAACAGCAAAAAGACGAGCAAUCCCAGAGGAAGACACGCACCAGAAGACAUCUAUGAUGACAGAAAGAACCAUACUGGAAGAGGAUCCCGGGCUGAUCUGCCUAAAGGAUAUAGUGAAAAGGGCCUGUCCCGCAGCAGAGACUCCCAGAGACGAAUCAAACCUCUGCUGCCUGAACUGACAGAGAAGAUGCGGAGGACCAGUGAGGAGAGUACAGGCAGAACGAGUCGCUCCUCCAGAGAGGAAGAGCCUCAUUCAGAAGAAUAUGUGACGGGCAGCUCUGUGGCUUCCUCCGAAGGAAACUGCUCUGACGUCGAAGAAGGAGCCAUGCAGGAGGAAGGGGAAGAGAAGGAAGUGGAGGAAGAGGAAGGGGAUGAAGAAGAGGAGGAAGAAGAGGAAGAGUAUGAACUGGAGGAAGAGGACCCACAGGAGGGAAAUGAACCGAAUGACUACGACACUCGCAGUGAGGCCAGUGAUUCCCAGUCUGAGUCUGUGUCCUUCUCGGAGGGAGAGUCUGUACAUUCAGCCUCGGGCUCAGAAGCGUCAGGGUCUGAAAAGAAACAUGAAAAACUGUCCUCUUCCGUCAGAGCUGUGAGGAAGGAUCAAACCAGCAAGCUGAAGUAUAUCCUGAGAGAGGCCAGGUUUUUUCUUAUUAAGAGCAACAACCAUGAGAAUGUGUCCCUGGCUAAAGCAAAGGGUGUGUGGUCCACUCUGCCUGUCAACGAGAAAAAACUCAACGCUGCUUUUCGCGCUGCUCGAAGUGUUGUGCUAAUCUUUUCAGUUAGGGAGAGUGGAAAGUUUCAAGGUUUUGCUCGACUCUCGUCUGAGUCUCAUCAUGGAGGUUCUCCCAUUCACUGGGUUCUGCCCGCAGGCAUGAAUGCCAAGAUGCUUGGAGGAGUCUUCAAAAUUGACUGGAUUUGCAGGCGGGAAUUACCUUUCACAAAAACUGCUCACCUCUCCAACCCGUGGAAUGAGCACAAGCCUGUGAAGAUUGGACGUGAUGGACAGGAGAUCGAACCAGACUGCGGGACACAGCUGUGCAUGCUCUUCCCACCUGAUGAGAGCAUUGACUUGUAUCAGGUCAUUCACAAAAUGCGCCACAAGAGGAGGAUGCACUCAGAGCCUCGAUCUCGGGGCCGACUACCCCACAGAGAGCCCGUCCCUCGGGACGUGGGAAGUGCCAUCUUUCACAUUAAUGUACCUGAUUUAUGUAGGCGUCGUCCUGAAGAAUAUGACAUGCACAACCGGAAGCGGCCCAGGAUUGAGUACACUCCAGAAUUCCCCCAGAGACCAGGUUUUAUGCAAGACCCUCGCAAUCAGCCUGUGGACAGGCGCUUCACUGGUGUCAGGAGAGAUGUGUUUCUCAACGGAUCCUAUAAUGACUACAUGAGAGAAUUCCACCACAACAUCGGGCCUCCACCACCAUGGCAGGGAAUGGCCCCGUACCCUGGUAUGGAGCACCCCCCCCAGCACCCGUACUACCAGCAUCAUCAUCAUCCUCCUCCACCGCAGGCCCACCCUCCUUACUCCGGACACCAUCCCAUGCCCCACGAUGCCCGCUUCAGGGAAAAGAGGGUUGUUCGCUCUUUCGCCUCCAGUUUGCACGACUACGACAUGCGUGUGGACGAUUUCCUGAGACGAACACAGGCCGUGGUGAGCGGACGCAGGAGUCGCCCGCGCGAGCGUGACCGGCAGAGAGAGCGAGACCGGCCCCGGGACGGACGCCGCGACCGAGAACGAGAGCGCGGCAGAGAACGGGAUCGCGAACGAGAGCGAAUUCGAGAUCGUGAGAGGGAAAAGGAGAGAGGCCGAUACCGGAGAUAGGGAGAAGUGCUUUUAACCCUGUUUUUGUUUUCUUUCAUUUUGUAGAUAGUGUGUUAGAUUUAGCUUUUGAUUUUUUUUUUUUUUUAAAUAGUUAAUGUUCAUCAGAAAGCUGAACUGAAUCUUUCUGGGCAUUUUUUUUAAUGUUCUUUCAAUCCCAUGCCAUUGUUAGCAUCAUGCAUGCAGUGCAUUAAACUUUAACUGUGAAACCAAAAAGCAAUUUUACCAUCAAAUCUUUUUUUUUUUUUUUUUUUUAAUCAUUGGUUCUGUAGCUGGUUUCAACAUAGUUGAGAUGGAGCUGCUCUCCCCUUUGUAUGUUUUUUCUUCUCUUUUUUCCCCUUGCUUUUGGAUUGUGAGCAGACUGUCUGUUCUUUACGUGGCUAUUGCAGUUUUUAGGUGUUUGCUAACACUGCGCUCGUCUUUGUGAUUUCUGUUGUACAUUUAAAUAAGGUCAUAGGUGCCAGUAUUCCAGAGCACUGCUCAAUAUGACGGUUGUAUCAAGUAUGUUUCGUUAGCUUUGUCUCAAGCCAGGCCUGUUUUCUAGUGUUUUGAUCGGGAAGUGGGUAAAUAUUCCUACACUUGCUUCCUCUGUCCAGUCAAAGGAUAAAUGUCAUGAAGGUUUGUAAAAUGACUUAAGCCAUUUGUUGUUGAAGUAUCUGUUGGAUACUAUAUGGAUACCUUUUGUACAAAAAAAUAAAAGAAAGUGAAUUGC